AUGGUGACUUCAGUAGGUGGCCUUUUGGUGCGCCUCGUGGCGGCACUGUGUCUCUUCCAGUACGUCCAAGCCAAGACCGUCACCUAUGAUUUCAAUGUGACUUGGGUCACCGCCAACCCGGAUGGCCUAUACGAUCGAAAGGUCGUCGGCAUCAACGACCAGUGGCCUUUGCCAGUGAUUGAAGUAGACAAGGGCGACCAGCUCGUUGUGAACAUGUACAAUGGCCUGGGCACGCACAGCACGUCUAUUCAUUUCCAUGGCAUGUUCCAAAACGGCACCAACGAUAUGGACGGCCCGUCCAUGGUGACCCAAUGCCCUGUCGUGCCGGGUGCUUCGAUCACCUAUAACUUCACGGUUAACCAGAACGGAACCUACUGGUACCAUUGCCAUACCGAUUAUUGCUACCCGGAUGGCUAUCGCCAAGCAUUGAUCGUGCACGACAAUAGCUCUUACUUCAACGAUAUGUAUGAUGAGGAGUAUACCAUUACUAUGAGUGACUGGUACCAUGAAAUGGUAGAAGACAUUAAAUUUAUCGACAAGACCAACCCAACCGGCGCCGAACCUGUUCCUAAUGCCUUCCUGUUCAACGACACUCUGAACACCAGCCUCUCGGUGGAGCCGGGCAAGACGUAUCUGCUGCGGCUCGCCAAUGUGGGUGCAUUCGUUGCGCAGUAUUUCUAUAUCGAAGAUCACACGUUCAAGAUUGUCGAAAUUGACGGUGUAUAUACGGAUCCCACCGAAGCGGACAUUCUCUACAUUGCGGUUGCACAGCGAUAUGCUAUUCUUGUAACGGCCAAGAACUCGACAGAAAAGAACUACCCCAUUGUGACCGUGGCAGAUUCGGAGCUGCUAGACACCAUCCCCUCGAAUCUACAGCUGAACCACACGAAUUGGCUUGAAUAUAACAAAAACGCCGAUCAUCCACAGGCCACUAUCACAGUAGAGACUGCAUCUGAUCUUGAACCAUUCGAUGACAUGAGUCUCGUGCCCUAUGAUCACAUGGAAAUUCUCCCCGAGGCCGACCUCGUCCUCGAUCUCACGGUCUCUAUGAUGAAUCUUGACAACGGCGCCGGCUACGCUUUCCUGAACGACAUCUCCUACACCAAACCCAAGGUCCCCACCCUGUAUACAGUCUUGUCCGCCGGCAAUCUCUCCACCGAUGUCGAAGUAUAUGGCGACUUCACCCACUCCGUGGUCCUAGAGCACAACCAAGUCGUUGAUAUCAUCCUCAACAACGGUGACGGAGGCUCGCAUCCCUUCCAUUUCCACGGACACAACUUCCAGAUGCUCGAUCGCGCUCCUUCAUAUGGUAAACACUUCUACGACUACGCCGAUGGCGACCCGCUCACCUACGACCCGAACAACCACACCGCCUUCCCCAAGUACCCAGCUCGUCGCGACACACUCGUGCUUCCGCCGCAGGGUUACUUCGUCGUGCGCUUCGUCGCCGAUAACCCUGGUGUCUGGUUGUUCCACUGCCAUAUCGACUGGCAUCUGCAGCAAGGACUAGCGAUGACCUUCGUCGAGGCACCUCUGCAGCUACAGGAGCAAUUGACCAUCCCGCAGAAUCACUACGAUGUUUGUGAUGCAGCGGGCGUCAAUUAUAAGGGUAACGCCGCGGGUAACACGGAAGAUUAUCUUGAUCUGUCGGGCCAGAACAAGCAGCUCAACUGGCUGCCUGCUGGAUUUACGACUAAAGGUAUCGUUGCGAUGGUGUUCUCGUGCGUCUCCGCGUUCCUCGGCAUGGCAUUCAUCUCGGUCUAUGGUGCGUCGGGUAUUAAGACGGCGAAUGGGAAACGGGAGACGGAGCAGACCGAAGGGAACGGCACUGCGUCGAGCGAUAGUUGA